AUGACAUCCGCUUCCGAAGAAAGAGAUCUUGCGCCAGCUUCAGGAGGGCAGGUGGCAGACCGGUGUCGGCGUCCGCUUUCUGUGGUUGGCUUCCUUGGCAUCUCCGACUAUGGGCUGGGUCAGCUGGAAGUGUUGGCGUCGCGGUACGAGGUGGCUUUCGCCACGGCAAAGAAGCAUGCUGCCGCCCAUGCCACCGGCUUGGACCAGAAGCUGGACACCGGCAAAGCAUGCAUCCCGUACCUGGGUAGCGUGGAUGCGAACUCGUCGAGCAUGGUGGAUCGGGCGAGCCGCACCGACCUGGUUGUCAUCGGCGGCUACGUGGCCCGGCCACUACCGCUCUGUGAACCUGCAGGUGGUUUUCGGGUGCGUGAGACUGAUGAUGAUGUUGGAGGGGACGAUGACUAUGACGGUAUGGCAGUCGCUCAGAACCUGCGUCGUUUCGAGGAGGCCUCAGAACCGUGGGUGCUGCCCAACUCUUUGGGCCCAGCUGCAUGGCUUAUGGCUUAUGGAGUCGCGCAGCUGUUCCCGGGAUGUUCAGCCUGUCCGGAAAUCAACGGAAAGAAAGGGAUUCACUACGUACCUGGUCGCUUGGAUGCGGUUUCAAGCUUGCAAGUCGGUGAGGCCAUCGACCACGGCCCCAUCCUCGACAUGUUUGAGGCUCCCGGGCUUGGUGGAAUGGUGCAGAACAAUCGCCAGGUACAACGAUUUCCCGCCGCAUUGGAGCGCUUCUCUGCAGGCGAAGAACUGGCACCGUGCCAAGGCGUUGACAUCUACCACAAGAAGGGCAUGCCCAAUGAUGGCUGGCUUUCAUUUUACUGGAGUGAUGACUUCUUGAUUCGGUUCUCCUUGGCAAUGGACUUUGCUCCAUACCUGCCCGGGCGGACACGUGUCGAGGAGGGCGGCGAAGCGAUAGCCCUGGCAGUGGAAGCAGCUUGUGCAGCGCUCGAGGAUUCGGCAGCAGAAGGAGCAGCGGUGGGUGAGGUUUUGGACGCAGAUGAGGGCUUGCUACUGGUGAAGACUCGUCUUGGAGUCCUUCGUUGCCGGCAGCUCACCGGGACUCGAGUUACGAAGGGCGGACUGCUCAUCUCCGGGCGCCCGCUCGAGCAGUCGGCAGCAGCAGGUCCUUGCCCCCACGCUAUUCCGAUGCACUUCAGUGGGCAG